GGAUGAACCAGACUUUGAAUAGCAGUGGGACCGCUGAGUUGGCCCUAAACCAUUCCAGAGGGAGCGUGGUGCACGCGGCCUGCCUGGUGCUGAGCUCCCUGGCCAUGUUCACCUGCCUGUGCGGGAUGGCAGGCAACAGCAUGGUGAUCUGGCUGCUGGGAUUUCGAAUGCGCAGGACUCCCUUCUCCAUCUAUAUCCUCAACCUGGCGGCAGCUGACCUCCUCUUUGUCUUCAGCAUGGCUGCCAUGCUCAGCCUGGAAACCCAGCCCCUGGUCAGUACCACUGACAAGGUCCACGAGCUGAUGAAGAGACUGAAGUACUUUGCCUACACAGUGGGCCUGAGCCUGCUGACAGCCAUCAGCACCCAGCGCUGUCUCUCCGUCCUCUUCCCUAUCUGGUUCAAGUGUCACCGGCCCAGGCACCUGUCAGCCUGGGUGUGCGCCCUGCUCUGGAUGCUGUGUCUCCUGACAAAUGGGUUGACCUCUUGCUUCUGCAGCAAGUUCCUGAAAUUCAAUAAAGACCAGUGCUUCCGGGUGGACAUGGUCCAGGCUGCCCUCAUCAUGGGGGUCUUAACCCCAGUGAUGACUCUGUCCAGCCUGACCCUCUUUGUCCGGGUGCGGAGAAGCUCCCAGCAGUGGCGGCGGCAGCCCACUCGGCUGUUCGUGGUGGUCCUGGCCUCUGUCCUGGUGUUCCUCAUCUGUUCCCUGCCCCUGGGCUUCUACUGGUUCGUGCUGUACUGGUUGAACCUGCCGCCUGACACGAAGGUCCUGUACUUCAACUUGUCACGCCUCUCCUCGUCCAUGAGCAGCAGCGCUAACCCCCUCAUCUACUUCCUGGUGGGCAGCCGGAGAAGUCGCAGGCUGCAGGGGUCGCUGGGGACUGUGCUCCAACGGGCGCUUCGUGAGGAGCCCGAGCUAGAAGGUGGGGAGACGCCUACCACGGGCACCAAUGAGAUGGGGGCUUGA